AUGGCCCAACGUGGAGCAUUUCCAGUUGAGACGGCUAAAGAGCCUCAUUCCGUUUCCUUGAAGGUUUUGAGAUUGUCUAGACCCUCCCUCUCAGUUCAACAUCCUCUGCCGCUACCUACACCUAAUGCCUCUCCAUCCAGUUCCCCAAAUACAUUCCCCGCCGCCUCCGAAUCCCUCGCAUACCCCUCCACCAAGAACGAUGCCUUCAUACUCUCCCCUCUGCUCACCCUACCUCCGGCAUUCGGAUCCGCGUACGUUGGAGAGACCUUCUCGUGCACGCUCUGUGCAAACAAUGAAGUGCUGCCCGGCUCCACAUCUGCGAAAAGCAUCUCCAACGUCCGCAUCGAGGCCGAGAUGAAGAUCCCCAGCUCCAGUGCACCCAUCAAUCUGGUAUUAGUCCCAGAGGCAGACAAGGAGGGGGAAGACGGAAAAGAGAAUGGCGUGGAUCUUGAGCCUGGGCAAAGUUUGCAGAAGGUGGUUAAUUUCGACUUGAAGGAGGAUGGGAGCCAUGUUUUGGCUGUGACGGUAACGUAUUCGGAGACUACGGCGACGAGUGGGAGGAUAAGGACGUUUCGGAAGCUCUACCAGUUCGUGUGUAAAGGGUGUAUGGUUGUAAGGACGAAGACGGGGGCGUUACCUUCUUCGUCUGGGGAGAAGGGGAGGAAGUGGGCGUUGGAAGCACAGUUGGAGAAUUCUGGGGAGGAAACGAUCACACUUGAUAUGGUGGUUCUUGAGACGAAGGAGGGGUUUAAAAGUCAGGGGAUCAAUUGGGAGAUUGUGGGGGAGGGGGAGCAUAUGGAGAGGCCGGUGCUUAUGCCUGGGGAUGUUCAGCAGGUGUGCUUUUUGGUGGAGGAGGUUGUUGGUGAGGAUGGGAAGGGUCCGGAGCCUGUGGAUGGGAAGUUGGUGUUUGGGAUUUUGAGCUUGGGGUGGAGGGGGCCGAUGGGUAAUAGGGGAUUCCUGAGUACGGGUUCUUUGGGGGCGAGGUUGAAGUGA